GAGCCGCGGCUAAGGGGCAUCGCCUAUAAAGUUCAACAUCGUUCGUCUUAGUCGUUUCUUACAAUAGAUACGAAAGAAAUCGGAGGGCAAUGUCUUGCACUCAUGAUCACGACUGCGAAGACCACAACUGCGCUGCGGAUUGGUCGCUUUACAAACAUAUAAACCUAGACCAGGUAACCGCUUUGAAUGAAUCAGUUGCUGGAAGCAUUAAAUCUGUUUUCAAGGCCUGGGAUCGCCGGUUGGAUAAUUCAGAGGGCUUUUUGGAAAGUAAUGAGGGUGAUCCGGAGCUACUUGUUUUCAUCCCGUUUACCUCAGAUGUUAAGAUCAAGAGCAUUUCUGUGGUUGGAGGUGCCGAAGGAACAAGUCCUUCAAAAAUGAGAGCGUUUAUCAAUCGAGAUGGUAUUGAUUUCUCUGAUGCUCAAAACAUGCAACCUGUUCAGGAGUGGGAACUGACAGAGAAUUUGCAAGGAAUCCUAGAAUACCAGACAAGAUAUCCGAGAUUUCAAAGUGUGGGCAGUCUUACGUUGCAUUUUCCUGAGAACUUUGGUGCGAAUGCAACUCAGAUAUACUAUAUUGGUUUACGUGGGGAAGCUACUCAGUUGAAGAGAGAUGCUGUGACAAAUGUUGUGUAUGAACUUUACCCCAAUCCAUCAGAGCACAAAAGUAGUGAUGUUGGGCGCUUUUCACAUGUGGAGUAAAGUUUAGCAGAAUAUUAAGUAUGCCAACUAGCGAAGCCAUUUUUUGUGCUGGCCCCUACUUAGUGAGCACUUCAAACUGUAAAUCUAACUUCACAAGUAUAUAAUGCUUGUUUAAUGACCAGUCUUUUUCAAAGACAUCUAAUGUUUCUCUUGACAAAUACUUAUCGCUAGCAGUUGCUUUGUGUGGGCUAAUCAAAUGGCUGGAUGCUAAUUUCUCUGAAAACUUUCUAUUAUAAGAAAAUCACUUACUGAAAGUGAAAUAUAUUAAGUGGGUUGAUUAA